AUGUCAUCGAUCGACGUUAAAAUCAGUCAAAUAAACUCAGCAACAUCAAUAAUUGUACUCGUUUUAUUAUGUAUUGCAUUUGCAAUAGGUUCAAUUGGUCCUCUAUUUAAUGUAAUUGUAUUUACUCGACCAAAUUUACGUCGUGAACCAUGUUCACUUUAUUUUUUAUCAUCAACAUUUUUCAAUUUAUUUUUCGUAUUUGUGAUUAUACCUGUACGUAUUCUUUCAAAUAGUUUUAACAUAUCUAUGUCUAAUUAUAAUGCUGAACUUUGUAAAAUAGAAAUUUUUGCUUUUUACUCAGUACGUUCAAUAUCUUGUUGGUUAAUUGCAAUGGCUUGUAUUGAUAGAUAUUUACAUAGUUCAGCAAAUGCUAAUAUUCGUCGAUUCAGUUCAUUAAAAACAGCAAAAAUAAUAAUUGCAAGUAUCAUUAUUAUAAUUCUCAUCUUAUACAGUCAUAUGAUGGUUUAUUUGAAUAUACAAGAAACAUUGAAUAGAUUUGGAACUAUUUCAUAUUCAUGUAAUUUUUAUAAUAGUACUUAUCGUACAUUUAUGUCAUUUUGGUAUAUGACAUUCUAUUCACUUUUUCCAUCAUGUUUAAUGAUUCUAUUUGGUUGUUUUACAAUGAAUAAUAUACGCAAACGUCGUCAAAUUGUUUCAGUAUCAAACGAAAAUAAUAGAAUUAUUCGACGUACAGAUAAUCAAUUAUUACGUAUGUUAGUAGCUCAAGCACUUGUGAUCAUUAUUACUACUUUACCACAGACAAUCUAUCAAAUUUAUGCAUCAUUUACAAUGAACUUAGUUAAAGAUACACUUCGAAUUGCUCAAGAAAAUUUAGCCAAUAAAACAUCGGGUGGAAUGACAUAUUUUUGUCAUUCGACUAGUUUUUAUUUGUUUACAUUAUCAGGUAGUAUCUUUCGCAGAGAACUUUACAAAUUUAUUUCACAAUGCUGUCAUCUCAACCGAACUCGUGUGGAUACAUUUCGUUCUGAAAUGAAUAAAAUGCCAACUUUAACUAAGAAUCGACAAUUAGCUGGUAUAAAAAAUACUCUUGUGCGACAAUCAUAA